AUGACUACAGCGGGAGAGUGGACGCCCUGGCGAGCUCUGUAUGUAGCAAAGUGCGCACUGAGACGCGCACGAUCGAUACAAGGAGGCGUGCGCUGCGGCUCGCCCGAAGCCAACCCUACACAACUACAAUCUUCCUUUAUACACUCGAUGACGUUAAGGAACGACGUCAUUCUGUUGAUACGGGCACAUGAAAGCGCAUCCGAUUAUGUGCGGGCGCAAGAGACCCCAUACUAA